CGUAUACAAGCGCAGACACGCGCGCGAUCGCGGCACCACCAACAGCGGCAACAUCGGCAUGCGUGCAAGCAUAGCCUCGGCAUUCAGAGCACCCAGAGGCCACCGGGAGAACUUGGUCCUUGAGCCAUGGACGAGUGGUUCUUCUCCGUCGACCGGGACGACGACGACGGCCUGAUGAGCCUGAUGGGCCUCCUCUCGCCCCCGCCCGCGGUGGCGCACCAGGGCAGCGCCUUCGCGCCGUACCAGCGGCGUAGUACGGCGACGUCGUCGCUGGCGUCCCCGGGCCGGCGGCAGCGCGCGCGGGGCAGAGCCAACGUCCACCGGAGCAUGCACGAGUACCUGAGGCCGAGGCGCAUCAAUGGCCUUGAGUCGUCUCCCCAGGGGACAUCUUCUGGAGCACGAGCGGCGCCGCCAGCGAAGGAGCCGAUCGAGCCGCAGGUGCCGCGCAGCUCGGCGUUCCGGCACAUCAUGCGGGAGCGGCUGCGGCGGGAGCGCCUCAGCCAGGGCUACGCCGACAUCCGCGCCCUCCUGCCCCCGGGACGGGCACCAAACGGUGCCAAGAACUUCGUCCUCGCCGCGGCGGUCGACUACAUCAGGGAGCUGGAGGGGAGGAAGGGCCGGCUUGGCGCGCGGAAUGCAGAGCUGGUGAGAUCGUCAGAAUCAGACGGCGCGUCCCGCGGCGGUGUGGUGGUCAAGGUGCGCAGCGAGGGCGUGUGUUCUUCUAUGGCUGGCGUGCUUGAGGCGGUGCUCCGGCGGCUCAAAGCCAUGCAGGAGCUGCGGGUGACGGCGAUCCGGUCGUGGUGCUGCGACGGCGCCAUGUGCAUGGACGUCGCGGUCGCGGUGGAGUCAACGGUAUCUUCGUUUGAGGUGGACAUGCGAAUAACAAAUGCCUUGAUAGAGCUUGAGGAAAUCAAACCCGGCCGCUUGAAGGAUCCAGUGAAGCGUAGCUCCAAUUUUAGUUUUCAAGUUGUGAGUUGAUGCAGUAAGAAAUAUAUUCGCAAAAAAAAGAAGAAAAGAUGUAGCAUCCUUUAAUUCACAAUAUGCUCCCUAUGAUGUGAAGCUCUCACAAUCAAUUGAGGUGUACAACUUGAGAUUUUGCCCCACGAUUUUAACUUGGUCAUCGUCU